AUGCAUGGAAAGAGUCAAAAAAUACGGAAUGAUGGACAUACCAGAGGGGUUAUAUUAUGUUACAGAUGAAUUAAAUAAGAAAUAUCAAUCGAGGCUUACGGUCGAUGAUAUUAUUGAUAAAUAUAUGGAACUCCUUUCUAGCUGGAAAAUCUGGAUAAAAUUGAUCAAGGAUGAGGAGAAGUUGGUCGUUCUUGAUUGGGUUAAUGGUAAAAUUACUUUGGCAGACAACUCAUGGUGGGAAAGAAAGUUAAAGGAGUUCCCUGAGGCGGCUUUUAUACGUGAAGUAGGUCUGCCAAAUGUAAGUAUUUUAGACAUCAUAUUCGGAAGCUGUACAACGGUUGUACCGAAGGGCUUAGGAAUAUCAAGGGUUUCUCUUGAGGACUUGGACUCGGAGGCUAGUACUGCGGGUUCAGACAAGGUUGAGCUGAUGAAGAAAGUAAAAAGGAGGUUAGCCAAAAUUCCUGAAUUGAAGUCAGAUGAGGCCCUCGCUAUGUUCUGUAAAGAACUGUUUGUUGAUAUAUCUAAAAGAGUCUGGUUUUGUGCAAUCCAACCGAACCUGCGGUUGUUGUGGCUCCAAAGUGAAUUCAAAGAAUUUAACAAAAGGCAGGAGGAGAAUGAAGCAAAUGAGAGCCAUUCUGCCGUUGCGAGAGAAUCACACUGUGAUGCAGAGAGCUUCAAUAAAUCACUCAAAAAGUCCCCCAAUCAAAUCUGA